UCUAAAUUGUACUUACCUAAAUAUUUUUUUAUCUACAAAAAUGAGGAAUUCAAGCGAUAUAUUCUGUUUAAACGAAAAUGUAACCGAUGGGUGCGGAAUGUUCUCGAUCAAUGGGUCUUGUCCUAUGAAGUUAAAAAGGAGACAUCAAAAUUUACAAGAUGAAUGUUUUGAAUAUGGUAGAUCAAAUGUUGAAACGUUUAGUGGCGAUGUAAAAGCAGAAAAAGCAGAUUUGGAGCAAUUAGAUUCCCCAAAAGAGUUGGAUGAAGAACAAAAUGAUGAAAUUGCUCAGAUUGACUCAAGCAGAGGUGAACCAUCUAAAGAAUUGCGACACAGAAAAAUGGAUUUUAAAAAACUUAACGAUAAGAAAUCAUCUGAAGGUGUCUCAUCUUCCAGUUUAGCACGCAAUCCGCUUACAGGGGCUGGAAUAGAGACAGAACAAUAUAGAAGACCGAAGAAACAAAAUCCAAACAGGUCCGAGAAGUGGGCAUGGUAGUACACUUUUAUGUUUAUUAAGUCAACUUCAGAAAUUUCUAAUGUAAUAAUCUGAAGUUUGUUUUAUUAUGUACCUAUGUUUACAAAUAAUAAUAACAGAUUUUUUUUG